AUGGUUCCAAGACAUCGCAUACCGUGGUGCUCCACAUCGUUUGCGAAUCCAACGACUGCCAGCUAUGGCGGACUGAUGAGUCAAGGAUAUGUGCCUCCGGGACAAUUUGAGGACCUGCUGAAUCUUAUCCGCCAAGCAUCGGCAGCGUCGGAGCGCGCCAUGAAUGCUGCAAAGUACGCAGAGAUGGCUGCAUCUGCUGCUGGAGCUGCCGGCCAGCAGGCUGUUGUUCGGGCCAUGCACAUGGCUAACGCCCCUGGUGCUCCAACAGCAGCGCCUUUUUCGCCUGGAGCUCCUGAUCCCGGAGUAGGGAUUGGUGUCGCCAGCAUGCCUUGGGGUGCCUGUUUCUUCAGCUCACUGGGAGGUCUCCAGCCGAAUCAAAGCGACAGGACGAGGUUGAAGCGCGAUAAUCGUUUCCUCGCAACAGCUUAA